CAGCUCUGCUGCAUUACGAGCUAGCUAAGCUGCACACAGUUGGGGCAAGAGAAAGAAAAGAGAGAAAAGGAGGAGAGGAGAGAUGACGCGACAUGUCGACCAAAACUGGAAGCUGCUACAGCAGACGACGUUCACGAAGUGGGUCAACAACGCGCUGCGCGGGCACCUCAAGACGGCGAGGACGCAGGUAAGCGACCUACAGAAAGACCUGAGGGACGGUCUGGUGCUGGUGGAGCUGCUAGAGAGCAUCGCCAGCCCCAGGAAAGUGGGUCGACACAACAGGGAACCCGUCAUCAAGCCUCAGAUGCUGGAGAAUAUUGGAGCUGUGUUGAGGUUCCUGGAGCGAGAGCAGAUCAAAGUCGUCAACAUCGGCCCUGAGGAUAUUUACAGUGGGAAUUUGAAGCUGAUUAUGGGGCUGAUCUGGACCCUCAUCCGCCACUUCCAAAUUCGCAGUUCAGGUAAGGACCUAUCGACCAAGAAUGCACUCCUGGCGUGGAUCAACACCCAGAUCCCGGACCAGAAGGUCACCAAUUUCACGACUGAUUGGAACGACGGGAUAGCACUCUGCGCUCUCGUGGAUCGAAUCAGACCCGGCCUUUGUCCGCACUAUGCUACUCUGCGACGCUCCGAAGCCUUGGACAACUGCCAACUGGGCAUGGAUAUAGCAGAGGAGGAGUUGGGGAUCCCAAAGCUACUGGAAGCUUCUGAUCUCCGCCACAGUGAUGUGGAUGAGUUGAGCGUCAUGACGUAUGUGUCGUAUUUCUGUAAGCCUGCAAACGAGCAGCUACUGAGGUGGAUUCAGAACAAGAUCCCACAACGAACGAUCACAAACUUCAAGAAAGACUGGAACAAUGGGGUAAAUCUUGCGUGCCUCGUCAAUAAUCUUGUCCCCGGGGUCUUCGCGGACUGCGAGGAGCUGGAUCCGCACGAUUCUCUUCAAAACCUCACGCGGGCUAUGAAACUAGCAGAGGAGCGCCUCUGCGUAAAGCCGGUCGUAAAGCCAUCGCAGCUCGCCGACCCCAAAGUGGAUGAGCUAAAUGUUGCCACAUACCUCUCUCGAUUUCAGUACGCAAAAUUCUUGGCCUACCAACCGAAGGAGGUAUCGUGUACUGGUCACGGGCUGCGAAAAGCUUUCAUUGGACGGCCAACAUUCUUUCAAGUGGAUUCGUCCACGGCCGGAGUGGUGUGUUGAAUGUGUCCAUAAUCUCUAUGGGUGGGACUCCAGUGGCUGCAGAUAUUAACCCACAUCCCACCCAGAAAGGCGUCUUUGAGGUACAGUACACCCCCAACCGAGCAGGCGAGCUCGCAAUCAAUAUAUCUUGGAGCGAUCAGCAGGUCCCGGGGAGUCCGUUCGUAGUAGAUAUACUAGAUCCCGGCGGCUUUUCCGUGUCUGGGAACCAGGUGACGGGGGGGCAGUGUGCCAGGGUAGGAAAGCCGGUCAGAAUGGACGUGAAAGGUAUGGUGAACGUAGCAGAUCUCAGCGUUACGAUCCAACACUCGGACGCACACACCACAAAUGCAAAUGUAACGCCGAAGGGUAUCGACGCAUUUGAGUGUUGCUACACUCCGACCCGUGUCGGAACGGACGGCGUAAUGGUGAAAAUAGCCGGGGAGAACAUACCUGGUAGCCCAUUCACUGUCAGAGUGGUGGACCCUACACAGUGCAGCGUCUCACACCGCGAACCGACGGCAGGUAAGAAAGCUCAGGCAAACAGUAAGGUGACUCUCACAGUCGCAGCCUCAGAGUCAAACUUACCAGGGGUUAUCGUCGAGCUAAAGACACCCACCGGUCAACAAGAGUUGGCGCUCGAGCCGAGAGGAGACGGUAUAAACAUCGGAAGCUUUGUCCCUGAAACUACGGGGAACUACGGCGUCAUUGUAACAUGUGCUGGGGAGAACUUGAGAGGAUCUCCUCUGAGUGUUGUUGUCACUGACCCAUCAAAGUGUGCCAUACUCGAUAUGAUUCCGAGGUACUUGCAGCUGAAUCGUCCGGUCGAGCUCAACAUCAGCACAAAGGGCGCCGGUCAGGGAGCUCUGGAAGCCUCUUCUAAUCAAUCUGGAAUUCUCGCGACUUCGUUGACCGAACGAGACAGCGAGUUUUACAGUCUUCGCCUCACUCCGCACGUCAUUGGAGAGGCCACGAUCGCAAUCACGUGGAACGCCGACAACCUGUCCAACACCCCAUUUGGUGUGUUUGUGUGCGAUGCCUCCAAAUGCAGUGCCUAUGGACCUGGUCUCACCGAAGGCAAGGGAAAAGUGGGGGAAACGUUUGAGUUCACUGUCCAAGCCGCUCGGGCAGGUAGGGGUGAACUGGUUGUAAACCCCAGCGGAAAGAAAGCUGUGUACGGGACUAAAAUACGGGAAGGUCAGAACGGAACCUACUCUGUUCAGUUCACUAGUUACGAACCAGGCCCACACACCAUCGAGGUACUGUGGGGUGGCGAACCCAUCCCAAACAGCCCUUUUCAAAGUAUACUUUUCCAAAUCCAUGGAAGCGGCGCAGUUCUCGGCCCUGGGAGAGGGACUUGAGAACAUUGUGGCUAUGAAGAUUGCGAAAUUCUCAAUCCAGGGGCCAGCAAGUGGAACGGGUCUCGUUUGGAAAGAGAUGCUGAAAGUGAAGGUAUCGGGAGAGGGCACAGAAAGUGUGACUGUAAUAAGUUCUGCAUUCGGACCGUCCACUGUCAAACCAGUAGUCUGCAUCACAGAAAUUGGAAGCGGUGCAUACACCGUCGAAUACGUGGUCCCUGAAGUUGGUGAGUAUUCACUUGCUGUCACUUGCGACGGAGACCACAUCCCAGGUAGCCCCUUUGCUAUCAGUGCAUUACCGACACCAGAAGCUUCUUAUUGUACGAUAUUCGGUGAGUCAAUUGACAACCCCAUGUCAGCUGUCGUCGGAAAGCCUUUGGAUUUUCAAGUCGACUCGUCUAAAGCUGGUACGGGUACGUUGAAAGUGACCGCCACAGAUCCAGCCUCAAAAACAAUGCCAAUAUACCUCGCAGAGGACAACACCCCCGAUGGAAACAGAAUUCACACUGUCAAGGUUUUCCCGACUUUGCAGGGUUCACACAAAAUGACUGUUCAGUGGUGCGAGAAAGAUAUCCCAGGCAGCCCCUUUUAUGUCGACGUAAGUGACCCAAAGAACGUAGUAAUACUGAACCUUCCUGAUGCUCAGACGUUUAUCGCGGAGGUUAACGAACCAUUUUCGUUUGAGAUAGACCCCAGAAAGGCUGGGAAAGGAGAGAUCAAGGCGGCCUACAAGAUGGAGGAUGGAAUAAUGCAGAGCAUUGAAGUUACAGAGCAAGAAAACGGAACAUUUGUGGCAAAGUGUGUACCAAAGGAAGCAGGGACGAUGGAGUUACUUCUUACCUUCAGUGGAGCCAACAUUCUUCAAGCUCCUUGGGUGUGCAACGUCGCCAACCUCUCCCUUUUCCAAGUCAAUCACCCAAAAGGCUACGGAAGGCAGAAAGGAAUGUGUCAAGUUUGUGAUCACCGGUCUGACAAAGAAAAGCCUGUCAAAUAUGGCCAUUGCUGUGAAACACCCCCAACACAACGCAACGGUCAAGGUAGAGACCGGGAGAGACAGAACUGCAGUGGUUCGCUUCACUCCAAAACACGUUGGUGAGUAUAGAUGCGAGGUGCUGUGCGGAAAAAAGCACAUUCAAGGCAGCCCUUUCUACGUGCUAGUAGCCAACCCAGAUGAGUGUACAAUCGAUGGUAAAGUACCAUCUGUUAUUCCAAUAUCACAAAAGGCAGAGAUUCUGGUUAACACCAAAGACGCUGGGCCUGGUGAACUAUCCUUCUCGGCAGAGACGAGCGGGGGAGAGAGCAGCUCGUGCCUUGAGUGUGAAAUGAGAAUUAAAUCCACCGACCCCACCUCUCAACAAGUGGUCCUAAAGGGAAUCCACUGCGGCAAGUGCAACGUCUUCCUAAAAUGGGCCAAUUACAACAUUCCCGGGAUUCCAGUUGAAAUCAACGUUGUGGAUCCACAGAAGUGCACGUUUUCCUGCACGUCUCUGACUGGAGGACCAGUAAAACUGGGAAACACUGUGGAAGUCGAUAUUGACACCACCCACAGUGGGAACUGCUUGCCUGAGGUAGCAGUGAAGGGUCCAAAGGCAGAAUGCCCUGUUGAGCUGUCACAACAGAGUGAUGGGAAGUAUCUGGCAAAGUUUUCACCUUUCGAGGAAGGGGAUCAUACGUUGGAUGUGACGGUAGGUGGAGCAAGGAUUGCAGGGCGUCCGACGAAAUUUGAAGUUAUAAAACCGAUCGAUCCGAGCAAGAUAACUGUCGGUGGUCCCGGGCUGAAAGGAGCCGUCGCUAACAGACGAGCAGAACUGACCGUGUUUGCAAGAGGAUCUAAACUCAUCGAGAGAGGUCUGCUGACAGCCGACUUCAAAACCACCAGCACUUCUUCCCUCAGAGACGUUGAUUACCCUGCGGUUGACUGUAAGGACAAUGGCAAUGGUACCUACAACCUCUCCUUCGUUCCCAAGACUACAGGUGUGCUGCAACUGAGCAUCAAAACCGAAGGAACCCAAGUACUUGGAAGUCCUUUCAACAUCAGGAUUCGCCCCGAACCAAACGCCCACAACUGCACUAUUUCAGGAAAAGUCAUCGACGAUGGCUUCUUUGCAGUGAUUCGAGAACCGGUUGAGUUGACUGUGGACACGUCGUCAGCUGGCUCCGGGUCUCUGAGUGUAUCUGGAGUCCAACCCGACCACACUCCUCUCAGGAUAUUCGCAUCAGAGGAACGCACGGGGCAGAAGAUGCUACACUUCCUCAAGUUUGACCCUGUGCUCAUCGGAAUUCAUCUGGUGUCGGUGAAAUGGGAAGGGGAAGAAAUUCCGGGGGCUCCCCUAAGCAUAACAGUCCUCGACCCAUUGAAGUGCAGUAUAGAGGAGAGCCUGCCAACUUGUCUCAAGAUUGGAGCCUGUCGCAGUCUCGCAAUCUCCACAGCUGGUGCCGGAGAGGCAGAGUUGAAACCCCGUGUGACUGGCACGGGGCUAACUGUCAUCUGUGAACAACACAAUCCCGACAUGUGCACUGUCACGCUCAGUGCUGUUCAGUUCGGUGAGGCUGAAGUUGACCUGAGAUUUGGGGGGUUCAGCAUCCCUGGAUCUCCCUUCACUGUCUCAAUCUGCGAUCCCUCAAAAUGCUCCAUUGACACUGAAGCAAUGACUAGUAAAAACCUAUUUGUGGGUGUACCCUUUAAUUUCACAGUGACGACAACGGGGGCUGGUAGAGCGAAGCUACAGGUCAAACCCAGUACCACAGAACACCAGUACACCAUUGACAUAAAGAGCACUGGUGAAGAAGAGUGCUACUCUGUCACGUGCACGCCUUGGAACGUAGGGGAGCAAGAGUUGGAGAUUACUUUUGGUCAGACUGCGAUCCCUGGUAGCCCGCUGCAGUUCGCCGUGUCAGACCCAAAGAAGUGUGUCAUUACUGGACUACCAGACCCAAAACAGUUCAUUCCGAUUGUCGGGGAGCCAAUCUUCUUCGCCGUGGACAGCACAUGUGCUGGACCUGGAGCACUUACUGCACUGGCUACUUCUGCAGACGAGCUGACAGAGGAGCUGGAAUCAACUGAGACAGGGACUGUGGCUAGUUUCAGCUACCUGCCCAAGAGACCGGGAACGCUCGAGUUCACCCUGGAAUUCAACGGAGUCAGUAUUCUGAGUAGUCCGUGGGUGAGCGAGGUACCGGAUCCCAGCAAGUUUAGAGUUACCCCUCCAAAAGGAUACGGGAAAACGAGAGAAUGUGUCACCUUUCUAAUCACCGGGCUAACGGAAGGGACCAAGAAUAUAAAACUCAAAGCAAGCCACCCUGAUCACGAUGCUACGGUCAAGACAGAGCCCGGUAAAGACGAUGGGACGAUGAUUGCUCGUUUCACAGCCAAGCAUGUCGGGGAAUACAUUGUCCAGGUGAGCCACUCUGGACAGCACAUUGAAGGUAGUCCCUUCACUGUCUCAGUGUGCGACCCAGAUGCCUGUCAGGUCACGAAUCCACCACCCAGCGCUCUCCACAUUGGCGUCAAGCAAGUCGUCUCUGUCAAUACGUCCGCAGCAGGUCCAGGGGAGCUCUCUGUCUUCUCCGAAUCUCUCUCUGGUGACGUAGAGAUUGAAGCCGAGGCGAAAGAGCACGACGAAUUCGGAAGCUACAGCAUUGAGUUUCUUUCAAAUAGUAAAGGCUCAGGAAGGCUGAGGGCACUAUGGGGUGGCUACAACAUACCCUCAGCUACUUACGAAAUCAGCUUUGUCGAUUCGUCCCAAGUAAGGUGGUCCAGCAAGCCCGACCUUCUAACGGAUGUGGUUACUCAGGGGGAGAGGAUAUGUAUUGAUAUCAACGGCCGGGAGGGAGGAAAAACAGUUCCAAAACUGAACCUAACCGGGUCUCAGUCUUCAUUUGCCGUUGAAGUGAUCUCCAACAAUGACGGUACCUUCACUGCUAACGUGAACACGUGGCAGGUUGGCCAAAACACGAUCGAGAUUCUGUGGGGAGACCAGCCAAUACCGAACACACCAAUCAGUUUCAAUGUUGUCAAAUCAGUCGAUGCUAGAUCAGUCACGGCUACGGGUGAGGGUUUGAAACACGCCGUCACUGGAAUCCCUGCUCAAAUCCUAAUCAGAGCUCCAGAAACAGGUCUACUAGACAGAGGUCUCCUCGCCCUGACUUGCAAGAGCUCGGCUGACGAUGAAGAAGAUGAGGAGGAUUCGUACCUCCCAAGUAUUGACAUCACAGAUGACGGAGAUGGUCAAUAUUCAGCAUGGCUUCUAGCUUCUCAUGAAGGUACCUAUUACUUGAGCAUAGUAUGCAAUAACCAACCGAUAUACGGUAGCCCGUUUGCUAUCGCUGUUCAAGCUGCUGCUAAUGCUAGUAAAUGUCGAGCGUUUGGUGCAGCUCUGCGCAUGCUGGGUAGCGGACUCACUGUCGCUGAUCCGGUAGAAUUCAGUGUCGACACGACUAAUGCUGGAUUUGGGCAACUCUCCACUAGCGUCAAGAAACCGGAUGGGGGAACAAGCAGAGUGUACUCACUUGAAGAACGCAGCGAGAGAAAAAUCCACCACCUCAAAUUUGACCCAGAUAUGGUGGGUCACUACACUAUGGAUGUAAUGUGGGGUGACUCCCACAUUCCAAACAGCCCCUUUAAUUUCAAUAUAACGGACCCCACCAAAUGCUCAGCCAGUGGUAUGCCUAGCUUCAGAAACAUCUUCGACGUCAAUCAGGACGUGAAUUUCACGAUUCUGACGAAAGAAGCUGGGGAUGGGGGACCAAACGUGACUAUCCACCGACCUGGUGGUGCUGGGAAAGUGACACUGUCUUCCACUGAAACCUCUCCCUCUGUUCAUGAAUACAACUUCACCACCACAGCUUUAGGGACACACUCCAUAAUCGUUGAGUUUGGCGGGCGUCCCAUUCCCGGGAGUCCGUUCCACUUCCAAGUGAUUGACCCCACAAAGUUCAGCAUCACUGACCUUAACCUAAAGGGUAAGUAUGCCCUCGUAUGUGAGCUCGUCUCAUUCCGAGUACAGGGGAAAGCCCCCCAGAAUGAAAACCUGUUACUAGUGGCACACGGACCGUCGGCCGAUCUGACAAUUGAGAACCAGAAACAAUCAGACGGAUCUUACACGUGUUCCUUUGUCCCAAUUGAGCCUGGAUCUUACGAAGUGUUUGUGGAGUGUGCGGGAAAACACGUCAGCGGAAGUCCGUUCUCGGUACUAGUGGCAGACCCUUCCAAAUGCCAGAUUCUGGGCACACUCGCCGACACCAUACAAGUGGGGGAGCCCGAUGAGAUUGUGGUGAAGACGAGAGGAGCUGGAGCGGGAGAUAUCCAAGUCUAUCUCGACGGAGAGACAGAGAAUGAUGCAAUAGAGUACAGCGUUGAGAACCAGGGCCUGGACACGUACAGCAUCACGCUAACCGGAAAGAAAGUUUGUCAGACCAAAGUCGGAAUCCACUGGGGUGGAUUUAGCAUUCCUCAGGCCCCCUUCCCUCUCACUGUCUGUGACGCAAGCCUCUGUAAAGCCUUUGGGAACGUACUCAUGACAAAGAAGGGAAAUGCCGGAGAGCGCAUAACCUUCACAGUCGUCACCCACCGCGCAGGUGAGGCAAUUCUAAGAGUGAAAGCCACAGGACCCUCGGCCACGUACACAGUUGAUGUGCAGCUCAUUAAAGAGUGUACGUACGAAGCAAGAUUCACGGCCUGGGAAAUUGGGGAGCACUCUAUCGAUGUUUUCUGGGGUCCCAUGCAUAUACCAAAGAGUCCCUUCAUUGUGAAUGUGGCAAAUCCAAUGGAUCGCAUAGUCUGCAAUGCCAGCGGGUCCAGGGCUGAAGCACGCCAUUUCCACCCAGCCAGCAACCUUCACGAUCAUGUCAAACGAGGUCGGACUCCUCGACAAGAACGCUCUGAAGGUGUCGGUGAUAGGAGUCCAGUCCCACGCGGAGAUAACCAUCAAGGACAAAAACAACGGCUGCUACGAGGUCGCAUACACUGCACCUACUGCUGGGGCCUACAUAGCCUCAGUCUCUUUCUACGACCGCCAAAUCCCGGGCUCCCCCUUCAAGAUCAACGUGGUGCCCGGUCCAGACGCCUCAAGAUGUAGAGCGUACGGUCCGGCUCUCCACCCUAGUGCCAUGCACAUUGCAGGUACACCUCUCGAGCUAAAUAUCGACUGCAGUGAAGGAGGCUGUGGCGGUCUACGUGUGUAUGUACAAGGUCCAAAUGACUACCGUCCGCGUAUCUAUAUGGCCGACGACGGGAAAGGCGUCUAUUCAGUCAAAUUUGAUGCCAUGAGAGCCGGGAAGUACUUUUUGGUGAUUGCGUGGGCCGACAACCACAUCCCUGGCAGUCCAUUCAAGCUGAAGGUCAACCCCGCAGCUGAUCCGUCGAAGGUGAAGGUCUACGGUCCUGGAAUCACUGACGGGAGAGUGGGAGAUGAAGGAGAGUUUACCAUCGACACAAAACUCGCGGUAUCGGUACCUUACUGGUGAGGGUACAUGGCAUCCGAGACUCUUUCAAGAUUGAAGCUCACCCAGUCUCGAUCGACAAACCGCGUCUCCUGGCAGCCAGCUACCACCCAACCGUGUCUGGAGAAUACACCAUCUUUGUGCGCUGGUCCGGGGUCCAUGUUCCUGGGUCACCGUUCACCAUUCUCAUUAGAGAAGCUGAUGGUAGUCUACCUCUGCUGGGACCUUACCUUCCAGAACUUUCCGCUGAAGAUGAGCCGCUGGCUGCACUGGUGAGGCUGGUCCAGUUGAAAGCAACACUGAUCCAAAGUCUGGAAAGAAAGCUAAAAAGAGCAGAAAGGAAGAGAAGGAGAGUGCAAAAGCUAAAAAGGCCAGCGCAAAGGCAGCAACAGCUAGUUUGAAGAAGGAAGAGAAAGCCAGAAAGAAGGCGGAAAAGGAGAUGAAAAAGAGCAAAACAAUACCACCACAUUCAAUUGGGCCAGUUCCGACGGACCUGAAGAUGCGGUCUAGUCCAAUGGGUGGAUUCACAGUCCAAAGCCAGGUCACCCGCUUCCACCAGGAGCACUGAUUGCACCAGAUGGUCAGCUGGUGGUGCGGAGUCCCUCGGGCCAGUUCAUUCCAGUACAACUGAUGUUCCCACAACAGCACCACAAGAUGAGGGUGAUGACUGAGAAACAUCAUCAUCAUCACCCACUCAGGAAGUGACGAAAGAGAUGAAGAGACGUCUAGCUCACCUGCACACUCUCUCCCCGUUAGCCCCACCCAUGCAGCCACCUUUGACCCCAACCCCCAACACCAACCGCAACCAAAAAAGAAACGUCGCAAAUUUUAACACAAAUACCUCACCCGUGUACAAACAAUUCUCCUUGUACAUAUACAUGUAGCAAACAAUUUAUUUCCUAUUGUAUUCACAUUUAUCGUGUAUUUAUCCUUUUUUGACGACAAUAUAUCAGCAGUGAAAAAUUCAAAAUACCGUCAAGAAAAGGUACACAGAGCAAGUCACCAUUACUUCCCUCAUCCACUGUAUGGUUCGAAAUAGACAAAAGAUUCUCUCAGUUUCUUGGACGAAGUACAGGCAUCUCCGACUGGAGUGACUCGGAAUGUGUACGAAUCUUGGAGCUCCAGUUGAGUCAGGCUCACUGGACUGGUACAUGAUUCCGUCACGAGAUCACCAUUCAGGGUACAGGUGAAGCUGGCAACUGGUCCGACACCAGCAAACUCAGCAACCACAGUCCCUCCAGUUCUGAACUCCAGUCCCCUAUUGACGAGGUGGACACUGCAGGCCAGGGGGUCAGGGUCCAAUCUUAUUCUUCUACUGGCCG